CAUUACCGCUUCCACCCUUUGUACACCGCGGUCAACCAUAUUGUUCUCAAGAAAAAGUAUGGCUACUCACAGCAGACGAAUUCCUUCGCAAUGUCCUAAAGCGAUAUUGUUUGAUUUGGACAAUACUUUGAUCGCAACUCGCCAAGGAGACAAAGCUGCAUGUGACAAGGUGGGAGAAAUUUUGGUGCAGCAACAUGGGGUUCCAGAGAACGUGGCCAGCAGAAUUGUUCAAAGUUUCCUGAUCAACUUCAGACUCUGUCCAGCUCGCCCAGAUGGAGGGCUAGAUGAAUGGCGUCUCAUGCUCUGGGGUCAUGCUCUUGGCGACCAGUAUGCGCACAUUGCUAGUGAGAUAUAUCAGCAAUGGCUAGUGCUUCGCUGGCGUUUCCUGGCGCUUCAGCCUGAAGUCAAGCAGCUGCUGGUUCGGCUGCGGGAGCGCUUUCUUCUGGCCAUCAUCACAAACGGCCCUUCCAACGCCCAAUGGGAGAAAAUCCAGCAACUGAAUAUUUCACCCUUCUUUGAUUUGAUGUUGGUGAGUGGUGAUCUGCCAUGGGAGAAACCAGACCAUCGCAUUUUUUUGGAAGCUUGUGAAACAUUGGGUGUAUUGCCAGCUGAUUGUUUGAUGGUGGGGGACAAGCUUGAAACUGAUAUUUUGGGAGGUCAUGAGGCAUCGCUAGGAGUUACAGUUUGGGUUCCUCUUUCUCCAGCAUCUCUGGAACAGAAAUUGUUGAGUUGUAAUGAUAACUGUCGUCCUGAUCACACUCUUAAAUCAGUUUUGGAUCUCCCGUCAGUUCUUUCUAAAGAUACAGAGCCGCCCGGGUUCCUCAAGGCCAAACAUGGCCCUGUCAACAGGAAUCUUUCCCGUGUCUGCAUGUUUGAUAUGGAAGACACAAACAGCAAUGCCAGUGAUGGAAGCUGAAGGGCUAUGAUUUCACAAACAACACUGUAUCAAGAUAAUUUUACCCUCUGGAUCUGCAUACUAAACUGAAUUUGUUAUCUUAGGUGAAGAAUUGCUUGAAAGGGAGAUAUGACAUGAAUAUUACAGUUCUAUAUGCGGGCAUAUAGAUUUAUUUUACAUAUAUAAAUUUACAGAGUUUUCAUUAAUUUUGAAUAGACUUUAAUGGUUCCUAAUGAUAGAGAGUCAUUCCAUUAUUUUACCUUCAAACUUUUCGAUUUAUUUUUUACCUUAAUAAUUUUUUAAGUGUAUUGUUCUAUCCAUAUCUUUAUUUCUUAACCAGUUAAGUUUUAACUGUAUACCCAUGACAAGCUAAGUAGGCAGCAACAUUGGUGAGGAUGUCAUUAUAUUGUCAAUUUAAACUCCUUCAUUCAUCUUUAUUCCCAUGUAAUCAGGCAGGAAAUUAAGUUAACCUGUGACUUAUGAUCAACACUGCAUGAGAGUGUUAAACAUUUUUAACGAAGCUAUCAUUGACUGUCCUUGGAUGAGGCUCGCAGAUUUAUUCAAGUGGGAAUUUUCACCAAUACUUUGCCCUGAUUAAGUAGAAAGAAGCAUGGAUCAAGUAUCUGUUCUAGCAUAGUUAUAUUUUGUUAUAGGAAUUCACAUACGUCCCAAACCGAUUGAGACAAUUCUUAAGCACAAAUUAAACACUGGAACUACAAGUAUGAAAUUUUUUUUUUGACCAAGAGUACUACUAAGUGCAUACUCACUUUAGUCCAGAGAGCACGUAUUUUCACCUUAAUCUUGAUGUUUUCUCCCUCCAUGUUGUUUUUAACGUUUGAUAUGUUUGAUUUGAGAACUAGUCUGUAUAUAUACUUGUCUAUAUACAAGGUCUAUGUCAACUGCACUUCAAACUGCCUCUUCUAAAUUUUUUUUCCCCUUUCACUUCUGUUACCACUUGUGUGCCACAUACAUAUAUGUACAGGCCAGUUGUAUUGUUGUACCUGUGUUGAAUGUGAUGGUGUUACUGUACUUAAUUAAAAGAAUUCUGUUUCAAGCCUAGUCAUGUAUCUGAAGCCAAUACGCUUUAACUAACGUAUUUUUCAUUCCUUUACAUGAACUUGUGAAUCUUCACUUUAUUUCUUAUAUCACUUUUUAAUGUGGAAUAAUCAUAUGAGUAACUUUCAUUAUUCUGGAUUGUAUGCUACUUAUUGUUAAUAUCUAAUCAACUUGAGUUGUGACAUGUAGACUAUUACUGCUCAUUUCUUAAAUUCAUCAAUUUUAUCAUAAGGGAAGUAGGAAUCAAGGCUGUGCAUCAAGGGUCUUCAGAAGUUAAGAUUAGAUUAGUGCUAGCUUUCACGUGACUAAAUCAAUCAAUCAAUCAAUUCAAUUGUAUCACAUGGUAUUGGGUUACCACUGUUGAUUGCACAUUUUUGUUAGUAAAACAGAGUUUAUUGAGUAAGUGGACUUUGGUCAAGAUGAAGUUCUUUUGUUUGUUGUAAUACCAUGCUAUUUGUGGUUCUAUUACCAUGCACAUGGAAAACUGCUAUGGAAGUCAUUUUGUCAUUAUCUUCUGUUCAUAAAACGGUCAUAGUAAAUUGAAGUAAUUUGUGGCAAGUGCACUGUCAAUGUCAUCUCCUUUUCAUGAUACUUUUAGUUCUAGAGAUGGCUUCUUAGUCCAUAGUAUGUUAGGGUUUAGGUUUGCUUCACCUUAGAUCUUAUUGUGGUAAUGUUUUGUCUUGCAUGGUCUUGUCAAUUUUUCAGUAGUGCCACAUUAAACUACUGAAUUUUAUUUUAAAAGAGUAAUAAAAUGUAACAAUGCAAGAAACCUCCACUCGCAUAUCAGAAUCUGAACUGCUCAUAUUUUUUUUCAAUUCAAUUAGUUUUGAACUCGCUUUUCUUUGAUGUUUUAGCAGGUGGGAGUGAAACCUAACUGUACUUUACGCUUAAACUUGUGUUAUUUGAUAUUAGUGAGACAUUAUUUUUUUGUACCAAUAUUGGCAUGUAUCCAUGUCCCAUAUAUACCUUUCAAGUUAUACGGUACUUUAUUUUCAUGUUACAUUGAGGGUGACUGAAAUUUUUGUUUCUUUCAAAGUAUGAUCCAUUACUUAAGAACUUUGUUUCAUAUUUUUCUAUUUCAUUGUUACAUGCUGGGGGUGCUUGUUGAGUCAUACCACUAUUUACAAUUGUGGCAAGUGUCAGAUUGUAUGUCAUCUGAGGGUAGUGGUUUUGUCUAUAUUACUUGUAACGCAUGAGGAAUUUCCAUUAGUUGUAGUUUCAGUCUGUUACAGUAUUAUGUCAAAGGUUGCUUAAGCAUUUCAAAAUGUCAAUAAAUCUAUAGAAGCUUGGGGUACUUAUCCAGUUGGAGCAAUGUUAUCUGUGCUCAUAUAAACUGGCAAAAAAUAUGACCUAGGCUCAUUUUAUCUUAUCUCCUAUUGUAGUCUCUGGCUCAAUCCUGCAAAACUAAUUUUAUCCAAACAUCACCUGUGCGUAAUUGAACUUAGCUUUUGGACUGUGUUAAUUGUUCCUAUUGAUGAAAGGCAUGAAACUGCCUGCUUACUAGUUUUUUAGUUUGUAGUUUGACAAGUAUAGGGCAGCUUUGAAGUAAGCAAUUAACUGCACUGGUUAUAGUAGUAUCAAAUAUAUGUAAAGAUCUUGUUAGGUUCCUUUUAUUUUAUAAUAAAAUUGGAGCAUUAAUACGAGGAAGUUGUAUGUUGCGAAGGCCAAUAUUGGUAAAGCGCAAGACGCUUUUGACUGUUCGGAUGUGAUAUAGCACUAUCAUUAUAUAUACUGUAUACUGCUUGUUGAGGAGGGACACAUUCUUGCCAAGUUUAACAUGCCUUGUGCUGUUUUCAUUUACAUGUACUCAUCAUGCGGGUUAAUUUUACUGAUUUCACUGAAGAUGAUUUGUAAAGCUUGGAAAAUAGUUUAGAUGACUACAAUAAAUUCUUGUAAGCAAAUAUU